AUGUCGAGUGUCAGGAACGUUUCGGUCGCCCUACGGAGGGCUCGACUGCCCAGACCCCGCUGUUUCGUCCAGCCCAUCGUCUCUCGUGCUCCCUCUCGCAUUGCCACCCGCUCAUUUAGCGUCUCCUCUUCCGUGAAUGCGACUAAGGAGAUCAAGUACACCAGCGACGCCUAUCCUAACCUCAAGCGUGACCCUAAGUUUGCCGAGAUUACGGCCGAGGAUGUAACUUUUUUCAAGGAGCUUCUGGGCUCCCAGUCGGCCGUGAUCGAUGGUGUGACGACCGAUGCUGCCGAUGAUAUCGAACCGUUCAACAGCGACUGGAUGCGCAAGUACCGCGGCCACACAAGACUGGUGCUGAAGCCUCAGAACAAGGAGGAGGUGAGCCAGGUGCUGAAAUACUGUAAUGAUAAGAGAUUGGCAGUGGUUCCCCAGGGUGGCAACACUGGAUUGGUGGGAGGUUCCGUGCCCGUGUUCGAUGAGAUUGUCAUCAACACGUCGCGCAUGAACAAGAUCCGCUCCUUCGACGAGGGCUCGGGUGUUCUGGUCGCUGAUGCGGGUGUUAUCUUGGAGGUGGCAGAUCAGUACCUGGCGGAGCGGGACCAUCUGUUCCCUCUGGAUUUGGGUGCUAAGGGUUCUUGCCAUAUUGGAGGUAAUGCUGCUACGAACGCUGGUGGACUGCGUCUGCUUCGGUACGGUAGUCUUCAUGGCAACAUUCUCGGUGUUGAGGCGGUGUUGGCGGAUGGUACUAUCGUCAAUUCUCUCUCGACUCUGCGUAAGAAUAACACCGGUUAUGACCUCAAGCAGCUGUUCAUAGGCGCAGAGGGUACGAUUGGUAUCAUCACUGGACUUUCCAUCCUGUGCCCUCCCCGUCCUAAGGCGGUUAACGUGGCCUACUUUGGUGUUGAGAGCUACGAGAAAGUUCGUCAGGCGCACCAGGAGGCAAAGUCUCAUCUCUCUGAGAUUCUCUCCGCUUUCGAGCUCAUGGACGGCCGUACCCAAAAGCUUGUCCACGAAUCCACUGGCAACAAGAAUCCUCUGGAUGGUGAAUACCCCUUCUACUGUGUAGUAGAGACUAGCGGAUCGAAUGGUGAGCACGAUAUGGCCAAGCUCGAGGGCUUCUUGGAACACAUCAUGGGCGAAGGUAUCGUCGCCGAUGGUGUCUUGGCGCAGGAUGAAACCCAGUUCCAGGGUAUCUGGCGCUGGAGAGAAGGUAUCACCGAGGCCCUGAGCCACCUGGGUGGCACUUACAAGUACGAUGUCUCGAUUCCUCUUCCUGAGCUGUACCAGCUCGUGGACGAUUGCCGUGAACGUUUGACCAAGCUUGGAUUCGUCGGAGACGAUGACUCCUUCCCUGUCCGCGCUGUUGUUGGAUAUGGUCACAUGGGUGACUCGAACCUGCACUUGAACAUUUCGGUGCGUGAGUACAACAAGGAGGUCGAGAAGGCCAUUGAGCCCUGGGUGUACGAGUGGAUCCAGAAGCGCAACGGUAGUAUCAGUGCUGAGCACGGACUUGGCGUUGCAAAGAAGGAAUUCAUUGGCUACAGCCAAGACGAGACCAUGGUGAAGCUGAUGAAGCAGUUGAAGGAUUUGUACGAUCCGAACGGCGCCGACAAAUCCGGAAACAUGGCGGACGAUAUGGCGAGCCAGUACCAGAUGAUGGAGGAGUUGGGCAGUGGCAGUUUUGGCAUCGUUUACAAGGCCAUUGAAAAGUCGACUGGAGAGAUUGUUGCGAUCAAACACAUCGAUCUCGAGUCGAGCGAAGAUGAUAUCCAGGAAAUUCAGCAGGAGAUCUCCGUCCUGGCGACGUGUGCGAGUCCCUUCGUGACUCAGUACAAGGCUAGUUUUCUACGAGGACAUAAACUAUGGAUUGUGAUGGAAUACCUGGGUGGAGGUUCUUGCCUUGACCUGCUGAAACCGGGCGUCUUCAAUGAAGCGCACGUUGCCAUUAUCUGCCAGCAGCUAUUACAGGGCUUGGAUUACUUACAUAGCGAAGGAAAGAUUCACCGUGAUAUUAAAGCUGCGAAUGUGCUCCUCUCACAUACCGGAAAAGUCAAAUUGGCGGAUUUUGGCGUGGCAGCACAGCUAAUCAAUAUCAAAUCACAACGUAACACGUUCGUCGGAACCCCGUUUUGGAUGGCGCCGGAGGUGAUUGAGCAGUCUGGAUAUGAUUACAAGGCAGACAUUUGGUCUCUGGGAAUUACGGCUAUUGAGAUGAUUAACGGAGAGCCGCCACAUGCCAGCACUCAUCCGAUGAAAGUACUCUUUCUGAUCCCGAAGGAGCCGGCUCCCCGACUGGAAGGCGACCAAUAUAGCAACACAUUCAAGGACUUCAUUGCCCAAUGUCUCACUAAGGAUCCGGAGCGCCGACCAAGCGCGAAAGAGCUUUUACGACACAAAUUCAUUCGGAAUGCGGGGAAGACCGAAGCGCUGCAGGAGCUGAUCCAUCGGAAACAGGACUGGGAUGCUGGCAGGGGAGUGACGCGCAAUGUCAAGUACUAUGCUGAGUCUCUGAAUACCAUUACGCACUUGAAGGAUGACGACGGAUGGGUCUUCGACACAGUCAAAGCGCCCACCAUGAAGAUAUCAGAGGAUCCAUACGUGGACGAAAAUGACCAAGACUCCCAAGAUUUCCUGAAGCGGCGCUCCAGUGGAAUUAAGCAGCCUCUGGGCGUUGACUUGACUUUUGGCAACAGUCCAUCGACCGUCCGGCAGUUCCGUCGGGUAUCUGAUAAGAUCCCAUCCGAAAAUUCGUAUAGCUCCCAGUACUCCUUUGGGCCCGAUGAGAACAGUAGCCCGAAGACACUGUUCUCCGAGCCGAAUAGCAAGGAAGCGCAACUCGGACGACGGGCAUACAGCAAAGCUGUUGGCUUGUCCUGUCAGGAAGUUCUUGGGACCACUGGGGACCAGGAAAAGCGAGAGGCGAUUUCUCGACUGGCGGAGGCCUGGAGUGAUCUUGAAAUGGUGGACCCCGAGGGAUUGUACCACAUUCUUAAAAUCAUGAACGAAAAACUUCAAGGUGAUCCAAAGCUGUCAAGUCUUGUCCCACAGGCAGCUCCACCUCCCGAUUCCCCACAGAGACCACGCCUAGUUUUGGCACAAAACAACCCGCACCUAAAAAGCCACAGACGGCGGCAAUCCGCGGCAGUGGCUGAGCCCAGCUUGCAACCGGCGCAAUUAGCCAACCUUCCGGGUCAACAAGUCCCCGGAAUGGAGCACACCAAGCAGUUGUCGGAUGUGCUCUACCAGCGGUGGUCCGAAGGGCUGCGUAAUCGCUGGCCCGGGAUGUAA